GGUUAUGCCGUGUCAGUAUUAAACAGCUUGUGGUGGUGGUGGCGUGGUCUCUGCGUCAGUAAGCCUGCAUACGUGUCUUCGAGUGGACUCCAGGACACGCCUACACCCAUAACACAUACACACACACGCGGAAUUAUCAAGGGAAAGUGGCAAGACUUGGCUGGUGGUGGGGGGUUGAGGUGUGGGUAGCAAGGCCUUCUAGUGAUAGAGCUGAAGGCGAGGCGUCCACUUGUGUGCUCAGAGGCUCAUUCUGUAACAGAAAUUCAGAGUGAACACGUGUUACCUGUCCCUACAGUUCUCUCCCAGCCCCAGGUACCAGCCCCAGGUACCAGGUAUUGACCAGGUAUCAGGUAGCCUACUGCAACCCAACACCUGUUCAUCAAUCGUGUUCAUUACUCCUCUCAACCUCAAUCUUGGUUGUUGCGACACAGAAAGUGAUAAAUCAUUCGUCAGUCGACCAGCGAUGAAUAAUUAACUUCCUGAUUUGACAGCAGGAAGUGGUCGACAAGCCUCUAGUUAUCAAGUGGUAGCACACAGGUGAUCUUAUAGUGAAGUUACUGUUGAGUUGUACCAGUCAUCAACACCAAGAAAGUCAAGUCACUUGAACCGUGUCCUCAAGUGUGACUUGAGGAUGGACCAACUGUUUAACUUUGAUCGAGGCGGGUCGCUGGUGUCGAGCCUGCGUCGAGGGGCCUCCCUACGCAGGAUGUCUUGGCUGCCUCGACGGCCCCACCUGGAGUGCAAGUCUUGGCUCACGUCCCUAGAACUCACACAGUAUGUCCAGUGCUUCGCCAAGUUCGACGGUGUUGAGGACAUCCUGUACUACGACGAGAGAACCAUCAGGGAGUUGGGAGUGAGACACCAGGCUCACCGCGUGAAGAUAAUGUCAUCCCUCGCCUCUCUCCGUGCCAAAUGGGAGAAAAACCACAAACUCAAGGGCGUGGACCCCAGCCCACGUCUAAGUCUUGUAGAAGAACGCCAGCGGCGCCCACUACCGAGUCCCUUCACACACCCAGACGUUGUCUACAGGUCCGGAGAAGGAACCAACAGGAGAGAUGCCAGGAAAAGGGAAGCGGCCAUCUUGAGUCCCGCCACUAUAGUCAAGAUGUCCUUCGACCUGGAGAAGGACUCUGUAGAUGCGGUGGUGGAGGCCGGGGAGCUGCGCAAGCUCCUCGAGUGGGAGUUGAGUCUUGACUCUGGGGACCUUCGAUCUCAUGCCUGGUAUCAUGGCACAAUUCCCAGGGCCCGUGCUGAGGAAGUGGUCCUCAAGGAUGGAUCUUUCCUCAUCAGGGAUUGCAUCUCCCAGCCAGGAGACUUUGUACUGACGUGCCGCUGGUCUGGCCAAACACUCCACUUCGUUAUUCAAAAGACAGUAGUGCAACCUAACACAGUUUAUGAAAGGAUACAAUACCAGUUAGAAGAUGAUGCAUAUGACUCUAUCCCUGACUUGGUAAGGGCAUAUGUUGGUGGCAAGAAGCCCAUCACAGUUUCAUCUGGUGCUCGGAUCUCAACUCCAGUAAAUCGCACGGCACCAUUGAGCUUUUACGCUUCCAAGUAUGCCGCUCAAACUGCCCAUACAUUUCAACAUGGCACUCUGAGUAGACCAAUCAACAGGUCAUCUGAAACUAUUCCUGGGGGUGGCAUCAUUGGUGGAACUAUGCUGCGACACCAACACUCUUACAGCAGCCCUGUAGGCGUGGGCUGCACCAUAGUGAGGAGCCCUGCUCACUCUCCACCCAGGAUGAGAAGAGAUACAGCACCUUCACUACCCAUUAAAACACGGAGCAGUAGUACCUCCAGACCCCCUGAUGAGCCACCUGAAGGAGUCCCUAGCAGGAUUGAUGAGAAGAGCUGCAGCAGUGAUGGAGUAAUUGGUUCUCAUCCAUCUGUAGAGCAAAAUAAAUUUACCUCUCAAUCAUUGCCACGGAAAAUGGUAUCCAAAUCUUUUACAAUUGCCUCUGAACACCUUUCCAGUGUGUCUGCUGAAUCAGGUCUUGGAAGCCAUGAAGACAGCAAGCCAUUAGAACGAUUAUCAGAGGAGGAGCCACCACCCAAACCUUCACGUGUUCCAUCUAUUAAAAUUAAGCCCAAGAAGCCACAAACAACAACUAUUAAUGAACGAUUAUAUGCUGAAAUUGACGAGCUUGAUGAAGAUGAAAUAAAGGACUCUAAGACACAGCCAUCAGCAGAUGAUGUCAAGACUCCUACAGGGAGUAGUGAAAUUGACAACAAUUUUAACAGUGAAGGUGUUACAGUGUGUACAGAUACAACGUCGACUCCUCGACACUCUCGCUUGUCAGAGAUGUAUCAGCCGUCAGGUUCAGACUCUGGUAAUGGUUCUGGUGACUCGGUACAAACAUCUGCCAGCGAUGCCAGGAAUCGAGACAGCCAGACCUCCUUCGGCGAUACUGGGAGUGUGCAGUUGGAAGAAGACUCUGUUGUAGAUGAGGAACCUGUGCUCUUUAGUCUACCAGAAUUGAUUUUGACCUCAGCCUUUGAUCUUGAGAACUUCAAUACUCUCCUUUUAAACUCUAUAGAAAAUAAACCACUUGAUGCCACAGCUCUCAAAGGUGUAAAGAAUACGCUUCUGGAGAGUGGAUCAAGAGUAUUAGCAGCACAUCUAACUCAAGUUGACUUGGAGCUCCUAAAUGGUAGUGGUGAGACCGACCUUGGUCUUGGAGUGACAUCUGGCAUUGAGCUGGUCACACUUCCUCAUGGCGCACAACUCAGGACGGACCUUAUUGAGAGGACAGAGUGCAUGAAGCUUCUGGUAGCUGUGACCAUACUGUUGACUCCAGAUCUGAAUGAACGGUCAGAAGUUAUACACCGUUGGAUACAAGUAGCCAUAGACACGAAGACUGCCAUGGGAAACCUUUAUGGCUUUACGGGUAUUAUGUUGGGCCUAUGUGUUCCUGAGAUCCAAAGGUUAACCAGCACGUGGCACACAGUACGUCAAAAAUUUACAGACUCUGCAUUCAACUUUGAAAGCAAGUUGAGGUCAACAGUGAAAGCAAUGAAUGAAUGCACAAACCCUCAAGCCCCCAACACUACCAUUCCUCAUCUACUUCCAUUCAUACUCUUAUGUGAGAGGGAUCUCAAUGAUAUCUACUCGAUGCACAAACAUGGUUCAUCAAUACUGCAGUGGGAAAGCACAGCAGCUGAUUAUGGUAUGCAGAUGCUGUUUGCACAUCUACAAGAGGCCAGAGCCAUCACACAAAACCUGACUCUGUAUCGUCGCAAUGCCGAGCAUAUUUUGCCCGAUUGCAAUACUUUUGACGACUUAACACUUGACAUGUUUCGCACAGAGUUCCACCUUAAGUUCCUAUGGGGAAGUAAGGGUGCUGUUGCUGAUAGUGAAGAGCGACAUGCUAAGUUCCAACAAGUUGUCAGUACACUUUCUGAAAGAUGUGAACCAUCUCCAGUUGCUUCAUAAAUUUCUUUUGCUCAAUAAUGUAUAUUUUCAAUUUUGUAAAAAAAGAAACUUAAAAUGCCAUAUACUGUAUGACAUGAGUUUUUUAGGAAAAUUAUUACAAUACAGUAUGUACAUGUAUUAUGUAAUAAAUAAAAUUAAAGGUAAUCAUUGAAUGUAAAUUUAUAUUAUUUAUAAUAAAUUAUGAAUUGUUAAGUGCAGGAAGCUAUAAUUCAGAUCUCUUAUUCAUGGUUCCUGUAGUUCAGUGGUCUACAUCCCCAACUCUCACUCACAUGGUUUGAUCCCCAGGCAGGACAGAAAUAGCUGAGGAUGUUUCGUUUUGCCUGAUACUUCUGUUCACCUAGCAUUAAUUAGGUAUCCAUGAGUUAGGCAACUUGUGGGGUUGCAUCCUACAGAAGAUCAAGGGAAGGGGAGGGGCAUCGAUCAGCCUAAGUACAGGCUUCCUAUCCUCAACAAUGGGAAUUGUAUGUCAAUUAAAAUAUUACAAUUAAAAUACAAGAGGAAAGGUGAUUAUUAAUGCAAGUUAUUUACUGUAUUAUUGGAUGUUUUUUUUAUCUCCAAGUUCUAUAAUUGCUGUAUAUCUGCAUUACAUUUUUGGGGUUACAUAUUACCACCGAAUAUUCAGACAAAUUUUAUGGCAUUAUCAGUGAUUUUGUACAUAUCAUUUUCAAAAGGCUUUCUUUUAAUAAUGGAGCUAUACUGCUCCAUCCUUGGUUGUCAUGGAUUUGAAUGAUGUUUGAGGACUGUGAAUAACACUCAUAUUUAUCCUUGUGAUAAUGAACACGUGGAUUAUAUUACGUAAUCUUGGUGUAUAUUGUUGUGGCACAAAUUUUGUGAUUACUUACUACUAAUGUUAAGGAAUUCAUGUGUGCGUGUGCAGUUACGUAUGCAAUUAUAUCGAUGAGAUACAAAUUAAAUGGACAUAAACUCUAAACAACCAAUGAACUUUAUGUAAGUUAUAUAAUUAAAAGACUGCAAUGGGAAUGUUGCAUCUGUCUUUGGAAUUAUUGCAUAACAGAAAGGUGCUUAUUUACCUGGUCAGUGACAUAAUUAUACCUUAGUGAUCUACCCUUCCAAAGUAAUAAUAUUUAGGGCAAGCUAGUUAACCAUGCAGGAACAAAAACAUAUUAUGGAUAUUGAUCUCUGUAUGAUUUCUUUGCUUGUUAGUUAAUCAUAUGAAGACAAUGCUAUGCAAGAAGUCAUCUGAAUCACUUAAAACUUUAUGAAUACAGUAAUUAAAGCCCUUUAUCCUAUUCCAUUAGUUAAAAGUUUUGAAUAUUCAGACACUAUAUUCUCCCCUCUGUUAAUGGAUGUUAAUAUUACUCACUGUAAACCUUAAAUCAGAUUAUUGAUGUCUUUUGAAAACGUUUUACUGUACUUGUGCAGCUUAUGUCCAACCCCGUAAGCUUAGUUGACCUUAAAGCUUAACGGUGUUCUUAUCUGUACUUCACAAUCAUACACUGAUUAGUUCUAGUCACAUGACAAGCUGGUAUGGCUUACUAAUUGUCAUAAAAAAUGUACAUAGUUCUGACUUUGUACUUAUUGUAAAUAAAUGGAGAAUCGAAA